AUGGAUAGAUUGGUAGACCUCUUGAAAGUACAGGUGAUCCGUGGGAUCAACCUUGCCUACCGUGACACAAGGGGCAGUGAUCCAUAUGUUGUCCUUCGACUCGGCAAGAAGAAACUGAAGACAAGUGCGAAGAAAAGAUCUGUCAACCCCAUCUGGCAUGAAGAGCUAACUUUGUCGGUCACAAAUCCUAACGAACCAAUUAAGCUUGAGGUGUUUGACAAAGACACUUUCAGCAGGGACGACCCGAUGGGAGAUGCAGAGAUCGACGUUGCGCCCUUGAUGGAAGUUCUGAACAUGGACCCGGAGGAAAUUAGGAACGGCGCCAUCAUAAGAUCAAUCCGUCCAGGCAGCAAGAACUGCCUCGCAGACGAGAGCCAUGUUUGCUGGAGGAACGGAAAGCUUGUCCAGGACAUAAUUCUCCGGCUGAAGAACGUGGAGAGUGGCGAGAUACAGCUGCAGCUGCAAUGGGUGACCAUUCCUGGCGCCAAGUAACCCAUGAUUUCCCUUUGGGGAUCUUAGCUCUUCUAGCCAUUGCUAUGGGAAUGUUCCGAGGAUGGGAGGCUUCGUUUGAUGUCAUUGGCUCAUUCCUAUGGCUCUUCUACGAUUGUACUCGAAAUGAAGCAUUCCGUUUCAAUCACAUUUGAGGCUCUCACAUCUUCACCUGUUGUGGAUGUCGGAUUGGAACCUAACCAGCAAAGGGAUCAGGGUAGUCAAUCUUGGUAGGGGGAAAAGGAAGAGAAAUGUUGAAUGGCGCUGCCGAAAUGUAUCCAGGACAUGAUUUGUAAAGUCUGGGACAAAUAAUUGAAGACAAGUGGCAGGAACCUGUUUGGGAAAACCAUACCUUCGUUGAU